AACUCGACCGUCCACGGUUCAGCACGUGAAAGUUGUAGAAGCUGCUGAUAGAUAAGAAAUAGGAUUAGGGUUAAGAGCUAGGGGUUUGAUUGAAGAUCUCUCGGUAUAAAUUUAAUAGUUGAAAAUGAUUUACGACGUGAAUUCUCCACUAUUCCGAUCCUUCCUCAGCCAGAAGGGUGGCUCGUCUGAUAAAAGGAAAACUGAAGAGCAGAAACCAAGGGAACAGAAGCCUAAAGCAAAUGAAAAUAAACCUGUUAUGACGGAAUGAUGGCUACAUGAUGUGAGCUUUAAUUUGGGUGUGAUUUCUAGAAUGCAUUCAAUAAUGUCUCUAGGAUACUACUACUAGAAUUUUCGUGUCAAUGCUGUGGCUGGAACCUUGAAUUUGUCGAAUUUAUUGGGUUACAAGCAUUUCUUGCAAACUGUUUGAAUUCAAAUAUCAGGAAUGAGCUGAUGUAUUAGCCUUCAAAUAUAUGUUAUUGUUUGUUCUUAUUGAUUA